CUGUUUCAAAAUUAUUGUUCUACAAAUUAAGUUUAAAGAAAGUGAAUAUUAUUUAUUGUGAUUUUGGUAAUUUGUGUAGUGCAGUGGCAACCCCACGACCUCGAGCGGGCUACAUCAGUGGGUGCGCGUCAGCCGCCAUGUCCGUUCGACGCGUGCGCACCUUUCGCGUGCUUCUUGUUCUACUCGUAUUGGCGAACACAUCGCGCGCACUAGUCGACGAGGUCCUUGACGUUAUCAAGCUAGGCAAGGAAGUAGGUGAAGAGGUGCUAAACUCCUGGGAUGUGUUCGGGAAGCCUUUCAAUGCGACGGGCGGCGUCGACCUGCCGGUGGUCCGCCGCCGGGAGCGGGAGAUUUUGGCGCGACUCGCGGUGGUGUCACGGUCCAUCGAAAAACUUGAACUUGGUGUGCAGAAAGUUGGUGCGGUAGCACUGUUCUUGGCUAAGAAAGGAAAUAAGCCGACACGGUUGGAGCUACGAUUGCACGAGAUGUCGGACCUGUUGAACCGAGUGUCAUGGUCCAACAGGCAGAUGCGGGAAUAUGUGGGGCUCCAGGAGGAGUUGGAGCGAAGUACUUUACAGGACUUUGCGGAGUGGUGUGUGUCUCAUGACCCUGGCGCGUUGCCGGGGCUGCUGGAGCGCGUGCACGCGUUAGUUGUGCCUCCGCAUAAGAACUUAUUGGGACGAGGGUUGCUGCAGCUGCUGAUAGAUGAUGUCAAGGAGGAGGACUCAGACGUGUGCGACCUUCAAAUGUCUCCGCAUCAGCUGAUCUACGAUAUGUACAACACCAUAGCCCUGACGGAGAUCAAGGGGUACGCCAUGAUGCAGUUCUCUUGGAUGCUGCUCAGGAUAUACGGACGAGGUAAUUUCACACAAGAAGCAAGCCUGACGAGGCAGAGGUAUUCAGAGAGAACUGGACAAACAGCCAGCGCGGCGCGAGCGGCUUUGGCUAUGGCGAAGCGAGACUUGUACAGAUGUGACCCCCCUGUGCACACUAGUGGUGUUACCUACGCUGAAGUGACGCGCCUACUCCAAGGCUACGUGGAAAACGAGGUGGACCUGAACGGAGACGGCACGUGCAAGGAGAACUGCGCCUUCUACACCCUGACUGAGAACCACGGCUGCUACAAGGAGCAGUUCUGCUCUAAGCAGGACAAGUGCAACGGCAGGAUCAUCGACUGCCAGUAUGUGGAUUCCGACAUGUGGGUCUGUCCUGCGAGCUACAGCAGUCAAAGAAGGUACGAAUGGAUCGAGUAUGAGAACGGACGCACUUUGGGAAGGGUCGGCAGCUGCAGACUCGGGACGACCAAGGUCGACUCCUGGUGGAGAUGGACACUAACUCACUGCUCGUAUUGCUUUUGUCUGUGCGAGGACGAUGCCAGCGUGGCUGAACGUUUCUUCAGCUUGCGAGAGGCCUUGGCAGACAUAAAGAACAACAAGGUAGUGACAGGUAUCCGUUUAGUGAAGCACGGCAAAGUGUUCCACAUUCAGAUAUACCAAGGGAAGCUGGUCGAGAGGGGUUUCGUGGAGUCUUCGGAAGAGGUGGUCGCGCAGGCGUUCGACCCGACGCAGCCAGGCAUCAUAGAGGGAGUUGACUACCACACGCUGUCGUAUGAAAAACGAGCCAUUGAUCUGGACGAGCUAGAUUCACCUGCAGGACAUGUUUUAACUGGAGCCAGAUUCCGAAUGAUCGGGGCCCAUCUACACUUCGAAAUCCGGUCCACACCAUUCAACUACACGACAGGCAAGCUUUCACCGGACAGGAGUCAAUGGAUCAGCAAUGAUAACACUGAAGGAUCUUAUACCCCUAGGUCACGGCUGGAGCUCCACAAGCCAGACAUCCCGACGCGCGCGCACACUUCACUACGCAUAGACUCACAACACGACCAGUACAUAGAGUUCACUCAUUCGGACUUCGACGCAGACGCGGCCCAGAGCACGGUGCCUUUCGUUGAUAUCCAGCCGGUUGUGCCCUCUAAAGCCCUCAAUACCAAAGGAGCCACCCUGAUCAGCGGAGCGGGCUUGUACCACAGAGGAGCGCGGGGCUCCGGGGGCUUCAUCGGCGCCAAGCUCAUCACCUACGACUACUCCAGACAUGUGAAGGCCGAACCACCACCAUCCGAGUUCGUCGACGAGGCAGAAACAACCGAAUUUGUGCCUAUCGUCAAUUAGAAUACAGUUCAAUUUCAUAUACUCAUUUUAUUUUGUAAUGUAGCGUAAUUGUGACUUUUUGAUAAUACGUAUUUUUUAAGUCUU